AUGGCUGGCAUGGGAGAAGGAAAGAACAAGAAAGGAGACAAUGGGGUUGGGAAUGCAAUUGACUUUGUCCUCUCAAAUGCCAGGCUGGUGUUGGGUGUUGGUGGAGCUGCUAUGCUGGGCAUUGCAACAUUGGCUGUUAAGAGGAUGUAUGACCGGGCGAUCAGUGCCCCCAGUAGCCCCAGCAAGAUGGAUCUGAGAUCUGCAAAGCAAAGCUGGGAAGAACCCAGCUGGAUUGGGUCAUCGCCCCGUUUGUUGAGCAGGGACAUGAAAGUAAAUAUCAGUAGAUCUCUACAGACACUGCCCACAACCUGUGAAGCAGGUGCUUCCAAGGGUGCUAGUCCUAGUAAGAAGGCCCAAAUGGAUCUGAAGAAAGCCCGGCUCCGCUUGUCCAUGCAGGACAAGCUCUUUAUGUAUUACCAUAAACACGUUGUUAUCCCGGGUGCGGAGGUGAGCCGAGCCAAACAGGCUGCAUUGGAUAUCUGCGCAGAGCUGCGGAACUUCAUUCACACCAAGCUUCCUGACAUGCCCCUCCGGGAUAUGUACCUCAGUGGCAGUCUGUAUGACGACUUACAGGUCAUCACUGCAGAUCAUGUUCAGCUGAUGGUACCUUUGGUCCUAGAGAAGAACCUCUGGGCUACAAUUCCAGGGGAGGAGACCAUCAUGAACGUCCCUGGCUUCUGGCUGGUCCGCAGGGAAAACCUGGAAUACUUUCCCCGGAGCAGCAGCUACUGGGACCGCUGCAUUGUGGGUGGUUACCUGUCACCUAAAGUAGUGACUGAAAAUUUCGAUAAGGUCUUGUCAGGAACCAUCAACUGGCCAGCUAUCGGGAGCGUCCUGGACCUCAUCGUUCGCCCGGUGGUUCCGUCGGAAACAUUGACUUUAGAAGUUCAAUACGACAUGAGUAAAAAAUUACUUAUUGACUUCCUGCCGCUGAUAGUGAUGGAGGACACCAUGCUGAUCGCCAAACCCCACCGCAACGGACGGUAUGAAAACAUGUGGCGGCAAAGCUUCAGAACUGCUGAAACUGCCAAGCUUCGAGCCCUGGAUGAAAGGGAUGGAGGUUGUCGCUGCUGCUGCCUCAAGAUACUGAAGGCCAUCUGUAAGUCUAGUGCCGUCCUCAACAAGUUGACAGCUAGUCAGCUGACCAACGUGAUCCUCCAUGGUUGUGUAAAAGAAUUAGACUGGGCACCAGAGAUGCUGGCUGAUAAAUUCCUGCUGGUUCUCAAAGAACUAAUAAGCUACUUGGAGCAAGGCUUCUUGCCAUGCAGUUUAGAUACCAAAGUGAACCUGUUUUUGGAACUUACAGAAGAGGAGAUUGAUGAAUUGGGAUACAUGCUGUACUGUUCCUUAUCUGAGCCAGAGACUCUGUUAAAUACUUGAAUGAGGUUUGUGGUCGGCACACACAGAGAGUCAUACUUUGAUAGUUAUCAGGCUUCUCCAGGCAACCAAGUUAGACAGCUGUUAACCACUUAAUAACCCAGUUGACCUGAUGACUCUGUUCUGCAUUUCCUAAACCUGUAAUUAUUGGAAGUUGCAUGAAAGUAAUCCUAUGGGAAGGGCUUCGAUGUUAUUUACAGUUUUAGGAAACAAAAGGAACUAAGCUUGGGCUGAAUGCUACUCCGUCCUUUAGUAAGCCAAAUAUGGAAUCUAUAUUUCCCACUAAUGCACAAGAUAUUGAGAAGUAAAAUAAAAAUCAAUUUGAAGGUUUGGAAGGAAGUUUUCAAAAUUGCAACUGUUAAUAAAGCCAAUUUGACGGAUCCGA